AGCAUUUUUGCGCGCAGGCCGAUGGAACUGGAAGGAAAUCGUAGCGCACGCACUAUUAACUAGAGGUCGAUUUUUACCCGACCGCCUUGUGAUGUCCUUGUUUGAUGAACUCCGGUAGAGGAACGAACUUAGACUUAUCUCCCCCGCAUAUUUUAUCUGUUUGACUCCUCCUAAGAACUACCACCACUUUUUCUCACCGUCCUCUCGACCCAAAGCAACUACAUUCAUCCUCAUUGUCAUACGCGAGUACAACGAGUAUCUCCGGAAUAUCCUUACCCGAAUUACAACUAGCAAAAAUAGAAAAUGUGUGGUCGUUGCGCCGUGAUCACGGAGAAAGCUUGCUUGCACAAGAUCGCGGGCACUUCUAAGUGGCGGAGACAAGAGGAAAAAGUGACGAAGAAGUACAACCUCUGUCCCUACGACAAGUCCGUCUGCGUCCCGGUCAUUCACACCAUCACUGUGUCCGCGGAGGAGGCCGGCGCCGGGUCUACUUCUACUUCCAAAGAGCAGGGCACACCUGGUGCUGGUGCCCCAGCUUUUGUUGACCAUAAAUCCGUCGUCCUUUCGGGCAUGCGGUGGGGUUUGGUGCCAGCCUUCGCCAGGGAAGAACCACAGAAAUUCACGUUCAACAGCCGCUCGGACAAGUUACUGGCGAGCGGCAUGUGGAACCGGCUGCUGAAGAGCAAAAGCCGCUGCAUCGUGGUUCUGCAGGGCUUUUUCGAGUGGGGCAAGGAAAAACGACCCAGGUACGUGCAGAUGGCAAAAAACUACCCCGGAUUUUCCGUUCAGGAUGAUCACGGCGAUCACGAAACUGCAGGAGAGAUUACGCAAUCAACUGGGACGAGUUCUUCUACCCAUGUGAACCAACCGCAAAAAAUUUCAAAUUCGUCCUCGUCGAAGCAGUUUAAAGAGCUGAACAAUGGGAAGAACUUCCCUCUCCUCGUGUGCGGCAUUCACGACCGGUGGUCGGGGCCGGGGUACAGCGUGCAGCAGCCCCUCGAAUCCGUGUCGAUCGUGACGACCGCGACGCCGCAAAACUCCGGGCUGUUCCCCAUCCACGACCGGAUUCCGCUGAUGAUCACGUCAAAGGAGCUGGCGGCGAAGUGGCUGCACGACGACAAAACCCCCUUCGCGGCGCUGCUGCAAGAAAUCGAGCAGGCGAACCGGAUAUCAACCGUAAAAAUGUCUGGGUCUGGAAGAAUUCAUGUUUGUCAUGCUUGUCUGGCAUGACUCUUAAAUCUGUCAUGCACGUUACCCAAGAGCUCCGUUUUUCUGUGCUGCAGAGCCGCAGUUUGUCAUGCAGAAUAGGCAACACCUAGGAGCUUAGAAAUUUGUCAUGCUGAGCCAGCAUUUGUAGCCUCAUCAUGACAUCACGCCACCCAGCAUCACAAGUUUCCAGACCCAGACAUUUUUACUUUUGAUACCGGAGCGGGCCGUUGAAGUUAGAGAUCUUCGAGGUGAACAAGCUUGUAUCCUGUGCAAAAGUAUCGUACUCGUAGUAAUUGCAGUCAUGCAUUACAAAAAAUCUCGUUCCCAAGGCAUGUCAGCAUGACAAACUCCAUUUGUGAUGCUGAGCGAAUUUGUAUUGCAAUUACCACUAGUACGAUACUCAUACUUUUGCAGUUCAUGGCUUGUGGGCAACAGCAAAAACGAAACGCCGGACUGCAUUCUGCCCUCCGGGGACUACGACAAGAAACAGUUCGAGAAAAAUUUCGGCCGGUUCUUGAAACCGAAGCAGCCUGUGAAGCAGGAACCUCCGGUACAGGAGAGCGGCGAGAAGCAAAAGGAGGUUUCGGGGCCGACUGGUGGCGCUACAACAUCGUCGGAAGCUGGCGCGGCUUCAAACAAACGCGAAGCAGCUAAAGCGGAAGUGAAAAUGGAGGAGGGAGUGGCAUUGCCAUCAGAUGAAAAGAAACAAAAGACUGAAUAGUAGCAGACGGCAUGGAUCGUAGUUUCACAUCUUGAUGGCGCAUGAUUCUGGAAGUCAACCCCUUUUCAUUCAUGAGUGGCGCUGUAGCUGUUCCUUUACCUUUACAUUUUCUUUGAGGACGAGAAAGAUUAAGUGUAGGACUAGAAGCAGGAAGAUGCUGUGGCGCCCUGCGCAGAAAAAUAGAAACUACGGAGUUUCAUGUGUUGGCGUUAACUCAGCCGCGCUUCACGUUAGGAAGUCCCAUGAACAAAACCGCCUGGGAGCAUGGAAGUGAACGACCAUAUACGAAAGUCAUAUUGUGCGGAUGUGUUCGUCGUACAGAUAUGCUCAGCUUCGUUUUCUCUUCUUCGUGCCAAUUUCUGGACAGGAGCCCCAUAAGAAAAAAUAGAGAAACGACAAUACAGCCCUUGAUCUUUUUUUUCUUCACGCAGAGUUGAUGAGCAUUGAGGUAGCUGGCUGCCUCUGUCCGUGUGUCCAGUGCAUGUGUGACGCUAGGAUGGACGAGAGCGAGAUGUCUACAAUGUCAGUGCCUGUUGCUCGCCAGCAUCAGGAGUUAGGCCUUGAGCAUCAGGAGGAGCAACGAAAUUCUGAUUAGAACCUCCGCAACUGAAAACCCAUGCAGAACCUCGCCGUGAACGCGACACAGCGGCGUUUUUUUGCCCGCGCACCGGGUCGCGGACAUCGCAUCCAGGCGCCUCUGACCAGCCAGUCACUACUAACGAGGCAGCACGGGUGGGAGUGGCAGGACGACUGGAGCAGCGAAUUAACCGCCAUGCAGGAGAAAGCAGUGAAAAUUCGGAGGAAAGUUCCGUGGGAGGGUACCUGUCCGGUGAUACAAAAGAUCAAGCAAGAACGGAAAGAGUUCUUGAACAGCGAAGGAAGAAAGAAAAAGAGAACAGCAUAUUGAUGGUUCGUGUAUUAAAUAAAACAUGAAAAGUUUUUCUUUGAUCCAGCAUGUUGCCCUCCGGCCAAACCACAGG